AUGGGUCUCUCUUCCGUUUCUCCAACAACAUGGAACACCCUCGGACUUGGUGUGGCCACAAGUUGGUUCGUUCUCAGCUCGCUCGCCACCUUCACGCCUCAUCGUACUGCCGAGCUCUUUGGCAUCACCACGCUGAGCAACUCUCAGACUGCAGACCAUGAGAGCAUCCUCGGGUUCUCAGGAAUGGUUGGGUCGCGAGACCUGACUAUCGGCCUUGCCAUGUAUUUCCUUGCCAAGAAGGGGCGGAACGAUGAGUUGGGCACAUUGAUUCUUAGUACGUUAUGUAUUUGCGCCGCUGAUAUUGGGCUUGUUUGGAGGAGGCAAUCUUAUGGAGAACUGUCCGUUUUGGCUGCCGGGACUGCAGUUUAUGCCACUAUUGGCCUUGGACUAAGAGGAUUGUUCAAUUGA